CUUCUCGUCUGCUCUCCAGUGGAGGGGAGGAGGGGGCAGUGCUCCCGCUGUGUCGAUGGGUAGGCAGUUACAAACGUUACUAUUUUGAGAGAGUCAGUCAGUGUAGAUGCUCCGUGCUCAGUGGCAAGUCAUCGAGGAAGCAGAGAGAGGCAGAGAAAGGCAGAGCACGCUCUGAGAUGCUUCGGGGAAGGCGGGCGGUGAUGCACGGGAAGCCUCGGACCUGCAGCUGAGCCGUACCAGCGUCUGACCAGAAGGAGGACCCCCGAGUCAGGAGGUCGCUCACCCGGGGAACCCCCGCGGAGCACAGACGCUCUCCUGCAGAUCCGUUCAGGAAGAUCAGGCAAAGGGGGAGACUGAGAGGCGAAGGAAGAAACAUGGCAAGUUUUGGCAAACUCACCGACUACUUUAAUCGCCGCAAGUCUCGAGAUGAGCUGCGGGUGGGCAGGAGCUCGAGACGCAGCGGCAGCUACUGCUGCACGGUGGCAGAGGCCAGGUCCCUGGAAAGGAAGCUGCAGAGACCCCUACUGGCGAAGUCUCGUACUCUCCCCAGCAUCCCCCAGUCUCCAACUGUCUCCAGGGUCCACCACUCUGACUUGAUUGGUGGGAGUCCUCCCCGCAGGAAAAACCCUCCGUCUGCCGCCAGCCAAUCAAAGGCCUGCACUCUGCCUCCUGCAGGGGAGCUCUGGCGUUUGGAGGACGACGCGGAGGGAGGCGACGACACCGACCAGAGUGGCGGCACCGAGGCCCGUCCUCGCUCCCAGUCGCCCUUCUCCCACUUCAGGGCGCGGUCCGCCUACCUCCGCAAGAGCAUGUCGGCUGACGACCACCUGGACAUGGGCCUGGACUACGGCUCAGGGAGAGCAGCCGAGGGCAAGACAACCCGCAACAACAAGGGCAAGCUGAAGAGGAACUUUAGUCUUGGCUCUGCAGACCGGAAGGAGAACCAGCGAAAGAAGUCGGAGACAGGAAUCUCCAAAUUUACUCAUCGUCUCUCCCUGAAAGAGCGUCCAGCUAAAGCGGAGAAGACUUCUUCAGACCGGCCGUCGUCCUACAGAAGACGAUCUCUAAGCGUGGACUGGGCCGACUCUGCCAAGGUGACGCAGCCCAUGAGCGGGAACCAGGUCCACCAGCCGGCAUCGGCUCGCAAGUCCGCCAGCUUGUCCUCGCCAAGCGCAGCUCGCCGGCUCUACCGCAACUUGUCUGGAAAGUUCCGCGUGGGCACCAACCCCCCCGCUCUGGAGGACAGCGUGGUGUCGGGGCGGGGAGGAGAGAAGGAGAGGCUGCGUAAAACCACCAUAUUCCAGAGCAAUGAAGCUUUGUUUGAGGCAGUGGAGCACCAGGAACUGGACCUGGUCCAGCUGCUUCUGUCCCAGUACAGUCUGGAGGAGCUGGACCUCAACACUCCAAACAGUGAAGGUCUCCUGCCUCUCGAUAUCGCCAUCAUGACUAACAAUGUGCCCAUGGCUAAGCUUCUGCUGCGAGCCGGUGCCAAGGAGAGCCCGCACUUUGUGAGCCUGGAAGGCCGGGCGGUGCACUUGGCCACCCUGGUGCAGGAGGCCGAGCAGCGGGUGUCAGAGUUUCAGGCCCAGGUCCGUAGCGAGGGUCCCGGUGAACGGGAGGGAUCCGACCAGGAGAGGCAGCUGAAGGCUUGGGAGUGGAGGCUGCGGCUCUUCAGACGCAUGCAGACGGGCUUUGAGCAUGCUAACCCUCCAGAUGCUCCCAGCGUAGUCCGGCUGUCUGUCAGCAGCAACACAAGUUUGCAGGUCGACUUUCACGAACCUGUCUGUGUCAACUCUGCAGUGGUUACCAAGUACAAAGUGUGUUGGAGCUCCGCGCCUUCAUUCAGUCCAUUGCUGGGUGAAAUGAUAGUGGAUGAUACAGCGUUACCGCAGUGCAACAUCACUGGACUGACUUCUGGAACCUAUUACUAUGUACGGGUGUCGGCAUACAACAUGAAGGGCUGGGGCCCUCCAAAGGUCUCCACUCCAGCCUGUGCUGCACCAUCCAGCUGGAGGGACGUCGAAGGCCACCCUCCACGCCAGAGAGGCCAGAAGGAGGCACUUGAGCAGCUGCUUGGACAGAUUAAAGAAGCUCAUCGCCACUGUGCCUGCCAUGAGCAAUGCAAAGCUCCAGCACAAGGCAGGAAGCACUCUGUGUCCAAAAGCCUUCGGCAUCUCUUCCAGCCCACCAGCAAAUUUGUCAAAAGCUUAAAAAGAGGUCUCUAUCUCACUUCCAUCUUCUACAGAGAUGACAACGUGUUGGUGACUCCAGAGGACCAGAUUCCUAUUGUGGAGAUAGAAGAUUCCUACUCCAGCACCCUUAUGCAGGACUUUCUUUGGUUUACUAAGGUUUCGUACCUAUGGGAGGAGAUACCGUGGCUUCAGCAGUGUCUCAGUCCCUCGCAGUCAUCCUGUUCGUGUACUCUGCAGACCCGUCUGAAGAUGCUGCAGGCCGUCUCCCAGCUACAGGGAAUGCUGGGAACGCAGGACCUUGGCCAGGUGUAUUUUGAGCCCAUCAAAGACAAGCAUGGCAAUGCCCUGCUGGUUCUCCUGAAAGACAUGAACGCCUGCCCCAACCUGGACGGGGUACGCUGGACGCAACUUUGUAAACUCCAGCUUCAGCGCAAGUCCAUCUCCUCCCCCGAGGAGCCCACCGCCUUGGACAUGCUCCUCAUCACGCUCCAUGAGAAGCUGGCGUAUCACAGGCGCAGCAGGAAGCUCCUGUCUCCAGGCCUCUACCUGGGCUACCUGAAGCUGUGCUCGUCCGUGGAGCAAAUCAGGGUGCUGGUGCCCCAGAAGCUCCCCAACGUUCUCUGUCACACUAAAAUACGGGACAACAGCAAUGUUUCCAGAGAGGAAUGGCAGUGGCUGCAGGCCCUCAGCUCUCUGGACGAAGCGCUGGAAAUGGACCAGGACGUGCAGAGCGCGCCCCACCGUCUCUUAAACGACCUGCGCAGCGCCAUCAAGGACCUGAUGGCGCACAUCAACGUCCCAGGAAAUCAGGCUCAGGAUUUCAGGAUCUACAGCCAGGAAGUCUUGGAGUUUGGAGAAAAGGUGUCCUUCCUGCUCCUCCUGCCACCUUCAGAUGAAGUGUGCACGGCUCCCGGUCAGAAUAAUCCAUACUCCCCUCGCUCCGGCUUCCUCACCCUGCCCCUGCAGAUCUUCGAACUAGUCCACUUUAAUGCGUAUUGCCCCAGUUUCAUCGGUCAGUACUGCAGAGUGUCCGCUUUGCUGGAGCUGGAAUCCCUCAUGUCGCAGCAGGCUCUGCGAGAGGCCUUCUCUGAGGCCGAGCUCCUUGCUGCUAAAAAGAAACACCAACAGGUCCAGGAGCACGUGCAGCAAAUGGAGGAGAUGUGGCGAGACGCGCGGUGGAUUAUGGAUGCCUUGCAGUACGCCCGCUACAAGCAACCAACAGGAGGCAUCUCCAUAAGCUGGAUAAUAGACUUUUCUAAAGAGGUGCUGCCAGACAAGCCUCCAUCCACCUCCUCCCAGCCGGACUUCAUGCCAUCGCCCAUGCCCUCGCCAGAACCUUGCCGCAAACAUUCAGAUUAUCCCGGUCUGUCUGAUGAAGAGGGUUCCUCUGAAGUCUUCCUCACCACUGACAGUGACUACGACUCCAGUCGUGCGCAGAGUCCCCGUGAGCUGGACCUGCUGCCCCCCUCGCCUCUGUCCUCCUCCGCCCCCCUGGAGCCCCGUGGCUUCCUGCGCAGCGACGGCAGCGGCUCAGGAGGAGUCGUGUGUCCCAGCGGAGGCGGACGUGGCGCUCUGAGGGACUCCACGCCGGACGUCCUCCAGGCCUCAGAACCUCAGCUGGGAAGGGAGAGCGAGCGAUGUGGAGGAGGAGUCAUUGGAGGAGUUCGGUGUGGAGGAGAAAGGCGGAGGGGACCCCCAGAGCUGUUUGACAGCGACUUCAUCCUGCCCAGCCGACAAAUCGAGCUGCUGCACAUCACAGAGAAGAGGCAGGCCUUCUGCGUGAGGACCAGCAGUCUGGAGUUCCCCUCCACCGCAUCGGUCCACCAUCAGCCUCACUCCCACCACUCCCAGUACUCCUCACCCUCCACCUCACCGCAGAACCGAUGGCACCGCCCCUCAUCAGUGGAGCGGUGUUGUUCUGGGGAGCGCUGCGUACCUCAGCUUCCGCCGGCUCGGACGUUAUCAGAGGACAGCGGCACGCAGAGACUCAACUCACCGUCGCCUGCUGUGUUCAGGAAAGGCUGCCACGCCACGCUCAGAGUAUACCCACAGUAUCGAACGGGCCUGCCGAAGGAGACCAGUGUCAAGCUGUGUAUAACUUCGGGCACGACGGCUCGGGAGAUGGUCCAGCUGGUGGUCCAGGAGAUGAACAUCGUCUCUCGGCGCCUGCUGGGCAGCAACGAAGGCGGUGAGGAGCAGGACCAGUGUGUUUACUACAGUCCCGAGCAGCUUAAGCACUUCGGCCUGGUGCUGGUGGUGGACAACCGGGAGAAGUGGCUCCAGGAUGACUUCUGUCCCCUGGAGCUGCAGAACCCCUGGCUGAGGGGCAAACUGUGCGUUCGCAUUAAGGACUAUUCUCCGCUAGCACUCAAACACAGCCGGGCCACGACAGUGUGACCCUCCUGAGUUAAGUUUUGUUUUGAACCUGUAUUUAAUUCAGUGAACUCAGUUUUCAUUGUCGCUGUUUCACCAUCGUCCUCGACUGCAAAUUGUAAUACGUUUUCUGAGUUGUAUUUUUUUUUUCCUUCCCCUGAAAUGAAUCUGUUUCUAUGAAAUAUUUUCUCCCGAACAUAAAGAGAUUUUAUUUUAUUUUUUCUGGGAACAUCAGACCCUCAUAUGGACACCAAAUGAACGCUCACAACAUGAAACGAAGAGUAAACUCUUUUUUUCUUCAUGCUGUCAGAAGUCAUUGAGCAAAAUGUAGUGAUGCUGAGCACGGGUAACGGUCCGUCUGGGACUUCUGGCACGACUGACAGCACUUUGGGCUGUGUGAGUUUCCAAAAUGACACCGGCUCCAUCAUCAUCAUCAUCAUCAUCAUCACCGUCGUCCGCAGCCACACACAGAAAGGGCUUUUCCUCUGAGCUCUCUAUGUGUUCUAAUUCCCAAAGAGCUUUGCCACAGAACAUCAGGUCCCUUUUUCCAGGGUUGGGGUUCCUGGACCGUGCUCGUUGGUAAAGAACGGCUUUCUCUCACUGUUAGAGGACGCAUUCGUCCUGUAAGACGGUCAUAACCUCUGUCCGUCCCUCUCCUGGCUGGUGUUUUGCAGCCAAGAUAGAAAUGGGGAAUAUUGGCACAAAACUAUGUGGUGCUCGAAUGGUCCUGUGCAGCCAAAAUAGAUGAUCAUAUCAUACCAGCUAAUUAUCCAAAACAAAAAAAGAAGCAAUACUCUCUAUUCUGUUCUUUCAAAUUGAACAUAAAGGCAUGCCAUACUUUCAUCUGCUUUCCCCUAGGUGGUGCUGGUCAUUUUGACCCUUCGCCAUUUUGCAUCUUAGCAGUUUUCAGUAGUAGGGUACGAAGUGGAGCAACGUAAAGUUUUAUACUGAUAGUUCAUCAGUUGGUCCCCAUUUCAUGACCGCUUCGACAGGCAAUGAUUUAAAGAGCUUCUUUAUGAUUCCGCAACUCCGUGGAGCAAAGUGGAGGCACAAAUUGAUGCGGUGGGUGAACUGACCUGCAAUGGUCACGUUGUGCCAAGAGUUAACCACGUCAGAGGUUUACCUGCACCUCACUCUCGGGUCUUCUCUACAGGUAGGAAUCUGGUGAAGGUUGUUAAGAGGGCCAGUAUCUCUCAGCAAGAGUUCAGACCUAAACUGAACAUGGUUCCAAAACAAGCAAUAUGAAAGCAGUCCUCAGGAGAUUGGACCCAAAUUAAACAAAAGGUUCUAACCUGCAAGGUGUGGCUCAGGUGGCGGGUGGUGGAGAAAGCCAAAGAAAUCAGUGGUGGGUCCGAGGAAAAAGAUAAAUGAGCGCACACUCGUUGCUCGUCCUGUUCUGAUUUUAGCUUCAUAAGCAUUCCUCCACAUACUCGUACUACCUAGAAUCAUUAUUAGGUCCGUCAACAGAUUAUGAAAACUAUUAAAAACAAACUUCCACUGACAUUAAGAGUGGACUUAAAGGGAUAGUCCAGGAUUUUUGAAGUGAAGUUCUGUUUAAAGCCUGAAAGCCAAUAAUAUCUUACCUCUGUUGCUGGAGGCUAAAGCUAACGGCUAAGCUAACGGCUAAGCUAAGGGCUAAUCUAAACAGGAUCAAGACCAAAUGGGACUUCUAACGUCUCCAAUCUAAAAAAUGUCACAGUUGUUUAUUAGGCUUUAAAACAUUAAAUUGAGCAGGUAUUUACAGAGAAACUAAAAAUCAUGCAUAGGAUAUUGAAGUAGGAGGCAGUGCGCCACCAAUUAUCUUCCUAUGUGAAACACUGAGAACCAAACAUUCAAGAUCCAGUGUAAAAAAAUUAUAGUUUUGAACAAAAUCACCAUUCUUUCUGAUUUACAAGUUUUCUGAUACAGAAAUGCUCUUUUUCUUAAAGUUUAUCAGAUUCUCUAGGAAACUUCUUGUUUACGUGGGGUGUAAUUACGACAAAACUGGGAACACAAGAGAACAUGCCGUUCAAGAAAUGACUUCAUAAGUCAAGAUAUGGCUUCAAGACAGCAGCUUUUCAUCGGCGCUUUUCAAUGCAGUCAGCCCAACUUGAAAAAGCAGUUUUGAAGCUCACUGAUUUUAUUUCAUGGCUUUUUGUCGGUACUGGGGGCGGCGACAGUUGGGAGGGCGCUGUUUCUCAUUGGUACUUUUAGUUUAUUCCAUAUGUUGGAAAUGCAGGUUAUCACAGAGCAGAAGCUACCAGCAGCACCAAAACAACCCGAAAGAAUAGCUGAUUAAACAUCUAAUCAGAGUGAAAGAGGAUAAAAAGGUAAAAUGUAAAUUAAAAAUGUUCAAUACAGGUGUGCCCUUGUUUCCUGCCAAAUUUAAAUAUUGAUCUUUUCAGAUACAGUUUGGAAAUCAAUGCAUUCAAAUCAAUCAGUUAUGAAUAUUUAGUUCUAUGUUUCAGAAAUCAUAUUGAGGUUUCAAUAUGAUUGGGUUCUCAUGUCGGACGUUGCAGAUAUCCAUAUAAAGUAAACGGCUCUUGCUGCACAAAAAUUAAGCCAGAAAGUCCAACUUUAGCCAUAUUUAAAGUAAAAAAAAA